UUUUGUCUCAUUUUCAAGAAAAAAAAAUAAAGUUGAUAUACGCAUACAAAUAUUCAGUACUUAAAUUUACGUCUUGCUGCUAUAAUAAAGUUUUAUACAACAAGAAUCAAAUUCUUUAAACAUAUGCGGUUGUAAUUCCAAAAUAAAUUUCACGAAGGAUUCAAAGUGAUAUAAAAAGACCAAAGAACAAGAAACAUUUAUCCGUUAUUCAAUCUAAUUUGAAGUAAUAUCAACAUGCGUUUUAUUCCCGUCUUCCUUGCUCUUGUCUUCCUCCUCGUCAAUGUUGCCAGUGCUUACAGACACGAUAUGUUCUACAAGCUCUGUUUGAAGAAGGUCGGUUUCAAGCCCACUUUCUUCGUUGGUAACCCUGGCAACUGCUACAGUUUCUAUCGUUGUGAUUACUCCAACCAAAAGCUUAUUGGUCCCACUAACUGUGCUCCUGGUACUGUCUGGAGCCCUAACAAGAUGUUGUGUGACUAUGCUAGCGAGCCCUGUCGCCACCACAAAUAAAUCAAUGUUUAAUCAGAUUUUGAUAUCCUUAAUAAAGAUUGUCUAGUUUUAUUUAUUAGCUUCAAAGAAA